AAUGAUACGCGUUUUAGCGAGAAUUAAAGAAACCUUUGAACUUGUUUAUCAAGUUUGAACGAAAGCGAUUCCUGUUUGUAGUAAUCAGUUUCAUUAAAGAUGGCAUCCCGAAAGAACGUCUUAAACCUCCUCCAGCUCGUAACAUCAAAUUCGUGUAAAUGUCCGGCCCAUUCCCAUGUUGGGUUAGUGCAUUCCAGCACUGUACCAAACGCGCUACCCUCCAAGGAAUACGCUUUCGAAAUGAGUUCCUCUACGGUUCGUUACGGCCCUGGGGUGACACGAGAAGUGGGCAUGGACGUGGUUAACAUGAAAGCUAGAAAUGUCUGCGUGGUAACCGACCCCAAACUGGCCAAACUACCCCCAGUGCAAGCCACAAUCGACUCCCUUACAAAAAACAACGUCCAGUUCCAAGUCUACGACCAAGUCAGAGUGGAACCYACUGAGGAGAGUCUCCUCCACGCUGCUAAUUUCGCAAAAAGCAGCAAUUUUGAUGCGUAUAUAGCCGUAGGCGGGGGCUCGGUUAUAGACACUGCKAAAGCGGCUAAUUUGUACGCGUGUAACCCCGAGGCCGAGUUUUUGGACUAUGUCAACGCACCCAUCGGGAAAGCUAAACCGAUUGAAAAACCACUAAAACCACUAAUUGCCAUUCCAACCACUUCGGGGACUGGGAGUGAGACCACCGGAGUCAGUAUUUUCGACUACAAACCACUCCAUGCCAAAACCGGGAUUUCACACAAGGCUUUAAGGCCAACUUUGGGACUAAUUGACCCACUUCACACUUUAUCACUUCCGGAAAAAGUGGCUGCGUACAGUGGGUUUGACGUGUUUUGUCAUGCUUUGGAAUCUUUCACUGCGAUUCCAUACACUGAAAGGAAACCUUGUCCCUCGAAUCCGGCCCUAAGGCCGGCGUAUCAAGGCCAGAAUCCUAUUUCUGACGUAUGGGCGCGCUACGCCCUCAAUAUCAUCAAAAAAUACUUCAAAAGGGCUGUGUAUCAGCCUGAUGAUCUUGAAGCAAGGUCUGCCAUGCAUUUAGCGGCGACUAUGGCAGGUGUGGGGUUUGGCAACGCGGGGGUACAUCUUUGUCACGGAUUGUCGUAUCCCAUAUCCGGGAAUGUCCGGACUUUUAAACCCCAUGAUUACGAUGACGACCAUGCGAUAAUUCCACAUGGAUUGAGUGUGGUGAUGAGUGCCCCUGCUGUGUUCCAAUUUACCGCUCCUGCGUGUCCCGAGAGACACCUUGAGGCGGCUGAAGUGCUUGGAACCGAUGUUAGUAACGCCAAAAAGGCCGAUGCUGGGAAAAUUCUUUCGGAAACAAUGAGAGAAUACAUGAAUGUGAUCAAAAUUGAAAAUGGUUUGUCGGCUUUGGGAUUUGUCAAGGAUGAUAUUCCUCAACUAGUUAAAGGAACCCUUCCACAGAAUCGCAUCACUAAGAUGGCACCACGGGAACAAUCAGAAGAAGACUUGGCGAAUUUAUUUGAACAAUCAAUGACUGUAUAUUGAGUAUUUAAUAAAAUUGUAUUCAAUA